GCCUGAGGGACCGGAGAGGCUCGGCUCGGCGCGAUGGCAGCGGCGGCGGCGGCGGAAGGGGCCCGGCUGGCGGCGGCGGCGGCGGAGUGGCUGCGCCGGGACAAGAAUCCCAAAACAAUUGAAAUAGUGAAGCAGAUGGUUGCAGAAGGAAACACGGAAGAACUCCAGAAAUGUUUUGGUUCACGGAUGGAAUUUGGGACUGCAGGACUCAGAGCUGCCAUGGGAGCAGGAACGUCUCAGAUGAACGACUUGACUGUCAUCCAGACCACGCAGGGAUUUUGUAGGUACCUUGAAAAGAGCUGCGGUGAUCUAAAGAAAAAAGGAGUUGUAAUUGGCUUUGAUGCUCGGGCCCAUCCUUCAAGUGGAGGGAGCAGCAAAAGAUUUGCAAGGCUUGCAGCAACAACAUUCGUCACUCAAGGAGUCCCUGUGUACCUUUUCUCCAGUAUAGUGCCAACCCCGUUUGUGCCCUAUGCAGUGACUCAUCUGAAACUUUCUGCUGGAAUUAUGGUUACCGCUUCCCAUAACCCAAAGCAAGACAAUGGAUACAAGGUUUAUUGGGAAAAUGGUGCUCAGAUAAUUGCCCCUCAUGAUAAAGGAAUCGCUCAAGCUAUUGAAGAGAACCUGGAAGUGUGGCCUCAAGCUUGGGAGGACAGUCUGAUUGACAGAAGUCCUCUUCUCCAUGACCCUUAUGCAUCGAUCAACAAGGACUAUUUUAAAGACAUACAGAGACAUUGCUUUUACAGGAAUUUAAACAAGGAAACAAAGCUGAAAUUUGUCCAUACUUCUGUGCACGGUGUAGGCCAUGAAUUUGUGCAGUCGGCCUUUAAUGCAUUUGACUUUAGCCCUCCGUUUGCUGUUCCUGAACAGAAGGAGCCUGAUCCAGAAUUUCCAACAGUAAAAUAUCCAAAUCCAGAGGAGGGUAAAGGCGUUCUGACACUGUCCUUUGCUUUGGCUGAAAAAGUAGGAGCUCAGAUUGUUCUGGCCAAUGAUCCAGAUGCUGAUCGACUUGCUGCUGCAGAGAGACAGGAAAGCGGUGAAUGGAAAGUGUUUUCGGGCAAUGAAUUGGGAGCUCUUUUAGGCUGGUGGAUCUUCACUUGCUGGAAAAAACAGAAUCUGGAUCCUGGCACCAUUAAAGACACUUACAUGCUCUCCAGCACCGUCUCAUCCAAAAUCUUAAGGGCAAUUGCACUUAAAGAAGGUUUCCACUUUGAAGAAACACUGACAGGAUUCAAGUGGAUGGGAAAUCGAGCCAAACAGCUUGGAGACCAAGGGAAAAUAGUUUUAUUUGCCUUUGAAGAAGCCAUUGGGUACAUGUGCAGCCCUCUAGUUCUGGAUAAAGAUGGUGUGAGCGCUGCAGUCAUAACUGCAGAGAUGUCUAGUUUUCUGGCAACCAAGAAUUUGUCUCUGACUCAGCAGCUGAAAGCCAUCUACAAUGAGUAUGGAUGUCAUGUUACCAAAGCAUCAUAUUUUAUUUGUUACGAUCAGAAGACCAUUAAAGAGCUGUUUGAGAAGCUUCGGAAUUAUGAUGGGAAGAAUACUUAUCCAAAGACUUGUGGGAGAUUUUCCGUUUCUGGUGUAAGAGAUCUGACUACUGGCUACGACAGUAACCAGCCUGACAAAAAGGCUGUGCUCCCCACUAGUAAAAGCAGCCAAAUGAUAACAUUUACCUUUAAUAAUGGGGGUGUGGCUACCAUGAGGACCAGUGGAACUGAACCCAAAAUCAAAUACUAUGCAGAGCUUUGUGCCCCCCCUGGAAACAGUGACUUUGAAAAGCUGAAGAAAGAACUGAAUGAACUGGUCCGUGCUAUUGAAGAAUAUUUCUUUGAGCCAGAGAAGAAUAAACUGCAAGCCAAGCCAGAGUGACCAAAGAUGUCUUUGUUUCAGUCCCUACACAUCAACAUGCUUGUUAUGGUUAUGCACAAUGCAGAUCUUUUAUUAAAGAAUCAAGAUUUUAUGAA